AUGGAUCCACAAGGUCCUCCUCCUUCUCCUCUGCCGAUAUCGGAGGCAGCAAAAUCGUCACUUGUUUCGAAUUCGGAGCGAAGCCACUUCCUUAAACCAACUUCAUCAUCUUCUACAAUUAAUAAUAAUAAUAAUGGAACCUCUCAUCAUGCUCCGCUGCCUUGGUCCACUGGUCUCUGUGAUUGUUUUGACGACGUUAGCACUUGCUGCUUAACAUGUUGGUGUCCAUGCGUCACAUUCGGACGCAUCGCAGAAAUGGUUGACCAGGGAUCAACUUCUUGUGGAAUGAGUGGAGCUCUGUACACGUUGAUAAUGUGCGUGAGUGGUUGGGCGUGCUUGUACUCAUGCUUCUAUCGGUCCAAAUUAAGAGGACAGUAUUUUUUAGAAGAGAGGCCUUGUACCGACUGCUGUGUCCAUUGUUGGUGCGAACAAUGCUCUUUGUGCCAAGAGUAUCGAGAGCUCAACAACCAUGGCCUUGACAUGUCUAUCGGUUGGCAUGGGAACGUAGCAAGGCAGAAACGGCUAGCUGCAUUGCCGCCACAACUUCAGAAAAGCAUGAAGCGGUAGAGCGGCCCCAUUCAAAAUACUAGUAUGGGUUGUAGCCCCCAUAUUAUAUGAACAUGAUAUAUUUCUAUAUAUAUAUAUAAUAUUAAUCUUCAAAAGCUUUCAGUAUUUGAUGUUACAAUAUAAUUUAUAUUAUAUGUACUUAAUGGAACAAAGAAACAUUUUAUGUAUCAGAUCAAAUAUUAUUAAUUGAUGCA